GUGGUAAAUCCCCCAAUGACCAACCUGACUUUGAAACGUCGCAAAACCGACGGUCACGAUACUGUUCAUCUAGACCAGUCUCGGACACGGUCCAAAAACGCUGGGGUGGCCGCUAUAAAACAACGGAGAGGGCGGACGAGUGGUGCGGGGACGGACGCCAUCAAUCUAGGCUCAAGGGUACUUCUCCGUUCUCUCUCUCUGGUCGUAAGGUCUCCUCCGCUCUCCAAGAUGACAGAACCACCUUUUGUGUCCAGGGAGAGGCUCCAGAAGCAUCAGCAAUACUUUCAGCGCGUUCCCAAACAUACUUACCUGAAAGGACGUUAUGAUGUGAUAACCUCCGUUGCUAUCCCGCUUGCAUUGGCAGCCUCUAGCAUUUUUCUCAUUGGUCGUGGCGUCUACAACAUGUCUUUGGGGAUAGGGAAGAAAGAAUGAACUCUUUUCCUUCAUGUUGCCUGUCAAUAGAUCCAGUGCUUUGCAUAGGAAAAAGUUGGGUUGUUAGUUUGUUUCUGGUAAUGGUAAUCACAAAGUAUAACUUGUUUGGACCUAUUUACUUCUAUUUCUCCAUCUAAACCUGGAACAAUUGGAAUGUGUGUUUUGAAUAAGAGUUAUGGUGGUGGGCUCUACUGCUGCCUUGCAAACAUAAUGCUGUCAAUCGUAGUGUUGUGAUUGGU